CUGAUUGGUUUAAUCAAGUGUCAGUCAAAGUGUUGGUCACGCCCCCUUUCUGGACAUCAAACCACAGAGGAAAAACUGCAACAGGGGAUAAACAGAGGAGGAAAGUGUUGUGAGUCGUCUUUUUGAAUCGGAAGUUGAAAAGAAUACCCAAUUUUCUUGCUUUUCGACAACUUUUUUUCACUGUUUGGUGCGGCCGUGUGGGGAUGGAUGAGAUGCGGCCUAGCAGCGGAGCAGCAGCGCACCUCGGCCUCGCCUCGCUCUUUCCCCCGGGAUUGCAGGCCAUUUAUGGGGAAUGCAGGCGCCUGUAUCCCGAUCAGGCGAACCCGCUGCAAGUCACAGCCAUUGUGAAGUAUUGGUUAGGAGGUCCAGAUCCUCUGGAUUACAUUAGUAUGUACAGAAACAUGGGAUGUCCUGGACAAGAUGUACCGGAGCAUUGGCACUAUGUCAGCCUGGGUCUCAGUGACUUGUAUGGGGACAACAGAGUUCAUGAAUUCACGGGUCAAGAGGGCCCAAGUGGUUUUGGUUUUGAGCUCACAUUUCGCCUGAAGAGAGAAGCAGGAGAGACGGCACCCCCUACCUGGCCAGCUGAGCUCAUGCAAGGCCUGGCUCGAUAUGUGUUUCAAUCAGAAAACACUUUCUGUAGUGGCGAUCACAUUUCGUGGCACAGUCCGUUGGACAACAGCGAGUCUAGAAUCCAACAUAUGCUUCUCACGGAGGAUCCGCAGAUGCAGCCAGUGCAGACCCCCUUUGGUCACGUCAGCUUCCUUCAGAUUGUGGGUGUUUGCACAGAGGAGCUGCAGGCAGCGCAGCAGUGGAAUGGUCAAGGCAUUCUGGACCUGCUGAGAGGAGUGCACAUUGCUGGAGGUCCAUGGUUAAUCACUGACAUGAGAAGAGGGGAAACCAUAUUUGACAUUGAUCCACACUUGCAACAGGAACGUGUGGAUAAGGGCAUAGAGACGGACGGCUCUAACCUGAGCGGUGUCAGUGCCAAGUGUGCCUGGGAUGACUUGAGCCGACCUCCCGAGGAUGAGGACGACAGCAGGAGCAUUUGCAUUGGGUCACAGCCACGCAGGCUGUCCGACAAAGACACUGAACAAAUUAGAGAAGCCCUGAGAAAAGGACUGGAGAUUAACAGCAAGUCUGUCCUUCCUCCCAUCAGCAGUCAGAGGCACAGUCACGACCGGCCACAACAAUCAGUUGGACAUUUCCAGACCCAGCAGAUAUCAAGGAGUCGCAAAGACAGUCUGGAGAGCGAGAGCUCGGCUGCUAUUGUCCCUCACGAGCUGGUGCGAACACGACAGCUGGAAAGCGUGCACCUGAAGUUCAACCAGGAGUCUGGGACCCUUCUCCCACUGUGCCUCAGAGGUCGGCUGCUUCAUGGCCGACAUUUCACAUAUAAAAGCAUUAAUGGAGAUACAGCAAUCACCUUUGUAUCCACUGGGGUAGAAGGGGCUUUUGCCACAGAAGAGCAUCCGUAUGCUGCGCAUGGACCAUGGCUACAGAUAUUACUUACUGAGGAGUUUGUAGAGCAGAUGCUAGCUGACAUUCAGGAUUUGAGCACCCGUGAAAUGUCUAAGCUGCCGAAGGAGUACAGCUGGCCCGAUAAGAAGCUAAAGAUCUCUGUCCUGCCCGACACUGUGUUUGACAGCCCACUGCAAUAAGACUGGGAGCUCGCUGUCCCUGAUUACAAACCCACAUCUCCAGAAAGGAGCCCAACUCUUUUUUUCCAGACACAUGUGCCUAUAGACGGCUGAAGGAAACAGACAUUCAGAUGCUUUCCCCUUUCCCAGAGAGCAUUGUAAAUGUUCAGCAUUUUGUAUUGUCCAUUGUACCACUUGUCUUUGUAUUGGUCUACCUAUUCACUCUUAAGGAAGCUUAAAAAAUAGCGAUUGUUUUUCUGGUCUGUUUCAAAAGACACGUUAUAUUUCUUGUUGAAUAUUUAGCACUGGUGCCUUUAUUCACCUUGGAAUGGACUGAAGUGUCCUUUUGAGAGAAAAUCUGCUCUUCUAAAUCCUGCUUGUAAUGUGAAGGAAAGCAUACUAAGGAAAAGGCCUUUUUUUUAACCAUGUUUAUGUAAAAAAAAUACUGUUAAGCCUGAGUAUCUGGUUGUACUCAAUUUACAUAUAAAAUACAGUAGUGCCUAUUUAUGGUUGAUGAUCUUAAGGUCUUCAUUUAGUUGUCAAAUGAUGGGUGGUUAGUCAGUUCACCUACACAAUACCAAAGCCUGUACAGUACGGGUGUUUUUAAACCACGUCUAAUGGAAAGCAUUAAUUAGUUCCCUGAUCUUUGUUUUAUUUUAUUAACUAUUUUACUUUUCCUUUGACUUUAUGAUUGCAUUCCAAGUCUCUUUUUAGGGAAGCAAACUAACUGGUUCCUGAACGGCAAUCUGUUUUCUAGAAUGUGCAUUUGUAAUUUUUGGGAUAUGUGCUCAAUAAUAUAGGUCAAAGUGUAAAAAAGAACCUCUAUUAGUGCUUUUUAAAAUAUGAAUUUAAUUAGAGUGUACUGGUGUUUUUUUAUAUUCUGGAGAAUCACUACACUGCCUGUGGUUUUGUUACCCUUAAGUGCAUUAAAGUUAUUUACGUAAA